AUGUCGGACACGCCCACGAAGGCUGCGGAAGCAGCCAGUCCUCAGGAACUGCGGUACCCCGCCCUCUCCUUUGAAAAUGCAACGGCCAGAAGCAUCGACACAUCGUGGACAGCGCCAAGCAUGGCGGUCGGCUCGCCGAAAUCCCCCACUGGGAAGGUCGAUACCGUUUUCUACCAGCUGUCAAGGUCGGAGGGGUCAAGCUACGAGUAUUCGCUCGCGUACGAGGGAGCUGAUCAGAAGGUGACCGUGGCGGGACUCAAUCCACUGACGACCUACACGUUCAAGCUCAAAUUCCGGUUUUCCGAGGCAGAAGAGUGGCACAAAACGUCGGUCGAAGGCUCGGCAUCGACGACAGACGAGAAUCUGGUCACCAAGGUUACGACACAGCUUCUGCGGGCGAUUCAAGACAACAACGACUCUGCUGUGAGCCAGAUCCUCUUCCAGCAUUCCAAAAUCAUCAAUCUCGAUUCGCGGGACAAGUACGGCAAGACGCUGCUGAUGGUUGCCUGCCAGAACCCCAACACCGCAGUGGUGACCACCCUGCUCCGAUACGGCGCCAGCACGAUCUCGACAACGCAGAGCGGCAAAACCGCGCUCUCGCUGGCAGUCACCUACGACAACCUCAAGGCCGUCCAGAUGCUGAUUGACUAUGGCGUCGACGUCAACUCGGUGGACCAGGGCGGCUCGACACCGCUCAUGUGGGCCUGCGACAACGCCAAUUCCAACAAGCACGGCUUCCAGAUCAUCGAUGCCCUCGUCAAGGCCGGGGCGCGGAUCGAUGCCGAGGACGGCACGGGCCAGACGGCGUUCGAUCGCUUGUGCUUUUCCUCCGGCAACGUCAUGGCCGCCCGUUUGCUUCUGCAGAGCGGCGCCAAGCUGAUCCAGUACCCUGAUCGCAAGCACAGUAUGACUUCGCUGAUGAGUGCCGCCCUCAACAACCACCGCGAACUCUGCCGGGAGCUCAUGUAUCAGUGGAACGCGGAUCCCUUUGCCACGACCGAGCAUGGAUACACUGCCAAGAGCUUUGCCGAAAGCAAGGAAAACACAGUGGUGGUGGAGCUGCUGUUCCAGCGCAUGAGGCAGCUGGAAGCAGAUAUGGCCAAGGAGAAGCGCGAGUCGGAUCUGUCCUUCAUGGCGCCACGAGCCAGUACAAAUGCCAAGUCGGGGACGUCGGCUGGGAUGGGCGGCUGAGGGUUCCGCCGCUGCACGACGACUCCAAGCGAGGUCGGGGAGCUUUCGAGUGCUCUGCGUGAGAUGGCAUGAGCUCAGCGAUCGGA